UUUCUGCUCCCCGAUUCAAGAUGGCGUCCAAAGCAAGCCUUCUCGCUUACAUCUGCAUCAUGUCUAUGCUGAUCUACAGCAAUGCCGGACUCGGCAACGAUUCCACUAGGUCUGCGGACGACAUCGAUGACAUGUUAGAGGAUUCGCAUGAUUUUGAGAUUAGCGAUGAUGAAGAAAGGGAUCCCCCAACGAGACCAAAGGAGCGGGAAAUCCAGCACUGCGUGAACACGAACAGCGUAUGUCAUACUCUAAUGCAGUACAGGGACGGUCACACCGUGGACGAGGGGUCCAAUUGUGAGUGUGGGGGAUGCUCUAACAAAUGGAACCAACACGAUCGCAAGUCCCUCACCUGGCAUCAUUACGAAAGAAACGAUUGGCUUGUCCAGUAUCGGUUUUGCGCUCCAAUUAUACCCGAGAGAGAGUGCGAGAACAACGAAGUAGCCGCCAUCCUGGAAACCGAAGUUGAUGUCUGGAACAUUCGCAUGCGCAAAGCAAGAUGCCGAUGUCCUUCCGGUGAAUACUACACUUCCGGUUGGAUGAAGACCAAUGGGAAAUGGAGAUAUGAAUACGUUUGCAGAUUGCCAAUCUGCGAACUGGAUCAGAUGUGUACAAAAAUUUACGUGGAUUUGGAAGAAGAAGUGAAGACAGGGUUUCAGUUUAACUGCGCAUGCCCGGACGAGUAUUUGUGUGACACGGAGUAUGACGUCACAGGCUUGGAAUCCUGGGAAGAAGAUGAAACAGGAGAUUACGUAGCAAACAAAUGUAAACGUCACAAACGGAAAAAGGCGGAGAGCAAGUAAUGUCGGAGAAUAACCACAAACUGACAUUGACUGUAUGCAAAGAGAUCACAUGAACAUGGAGUUUUUGAUCCUGAUUUGGAAGAAUCUAUCCCAAGUUUGCGUGUGUUUUUGGUAAUAAGUUUUUCCCGUAGUUGCAGUUUGAAAUGUCGUUGUCUUAUAUUGAGGACAGAAAGCACAGAAAAGAGUUUUUGUGACAUAAUGUUAAUAUUUCAAUUUGCUGAAAAAGGGCUACAAGUUAUGGGUAUGACCUUUCGAAGUAUGCUUCAAAAUAGAAAAUCUAGAGAAAAUCUUUUACCAGGAGUGAAACUUUGGGUUUUUUUUUUCUCGUGAUGAGAAAAACUGACUUGGCUCAAUGAAAGGCUUUUUUCAUGUCAUCAAAAAGCAUUUUUCACAAAUCUUAAUCACACAAUGUCGUGUCAUAAUAUAUGAUUAGAACAGCAGUCUCACAUAAUUUUCCCCAAAACCUACGGUUAUAAAAUGUAUAUAGAAGGCCAUAAUUUGACAUUGCCCUGUAACUCGCUCUAACUACAAUGUAUACUAGUUAAUAUUACUGCGC